CGUGAAAACACACAGCUGGUUCUCGUUGUAGUUGCCGCUAAACGGCUUCGAGUCUAGAACGAGAGGGCUAUGACGGCAUGUGCCUUCCCCAGCUAUCCUUGUUGGCUCUCGAGAAGGAAGAGUGUGACCGACUUACUUCAUGCCUACCUAAGCCUUUGCAUCAGCACCUGCACCUGCUUUCCGCUCCUUGCACCGGCUCUGGAGCUCUCAACGGAAACAUCACCUACAUAAAGUAGCUCCUCAUCCUCAUUGCCCCCCUCUUUCUACACUUACUCGUCUCCCACCGUCCUAGCUGCGUAACCAGUAGGAUUCCGGACGAUCUUUUUCAUUUUGAAAAAUUGCCAACUUAUCCCAGCCCUUCACCAAUUUAUCCGCGCCAAUUGCCGUCUGGAGUUCAGCAUUCAUCGCAACCAUGUCGAAGCGAACAAGCAGCGCAAUCACGAACGGCAAUCCAGUCAAGGACGCCGCCGACAGCUUAGCCGAGCCUGCCCACGACAAGCAGAAGCUUCUUCUCUCCGCCGACACUGGCCAUUUUUCGCUGAUCCGCGCUCUUCAUCUGGCCGACGCGAUAACUCUUUGCAAUGGAGCGUGUGGUGUCAUGUCAAUCUUCACUUCCCUCCGUUACUGCCUUGGUGAUCCGUCGUCCUACAGCACGCUGUACCUGGCACUUUUUUUCCUCCCAUUUGGCCUAUUCUUCGACUUUAUGGAUGGCAAGGUUGCGCGGUGGAGAAAGAAAAGCAGCAUGAUGGGCCAGGAACUAGACUCGUUGGCCGACCUGAUUUCUUUCGGUGUUGCUCCUGCUUCUGUGGCAUUUGCUCUCGGCCUGCGUACCCCUAUCGAUCACGUCUGCUUGACUUUUUUUGUUCUCUGUGGCCUCACUCGCCUCGCUCGCUUUAAUGUUACAGUCUCGGCUCUCCCCAAGGAUGCAACUGGCAAGAGCAAGUACUUUGAGGGAACACCGAUUCCCACAAGCCUUGGUCUCGAUGCUGUCAUGGCCUACUUUGUUUCUCAACGGUGGAUUCUUCAGGAUCUCCCUAUGGGAACAUGGCUCACAGGCUCCGUCUUGGAAUUUCACCCCAUAGCCCUUAUCUUUGUGGUGCAUGGGUGUCUUAUGACCAGCAAGAGCAUCCAUAUUCCUAAACCCUGAACUAACCUCGCUUUCACAAAAAAUAACUGCGGUUUGAGAGGGGAGGCUAGGGGUCCUCCGAUCAACUGAGGAAACCAGGCGCCAACAAUACUGAGUUAUGCUUUAACAGAAGCUAAAAGAGGUCUUGAUGGUGAAAACAUGGAUUGAGUGGGGAAUAGCACUAGCAGUCUAUGGGUUUUGGCUAGUCCACAAAGCAAAUACGGACUGGACCUAGGUCAGAUACGUGGUCGAUCAACGCAAAGAUAUUUCGAAGCGCAGACGCACAUUUAAAAAAUAUGCAUGAUACCCCCCCUCCAUUAUCA